AUGAGUUUUUCAAAAUAAAACUAGCGUUUAAACCUGAUUCAAAGACGAGAGUUAACGAGUGGAAUGUGUCAACGGAGGAGCUCUGGGGAACAACCUGCGUCACGUGGCAACUCACGGGGUCCCGCAAUGCAUCAUGGGACCUGUAGUGUCAUUAAUGCGAGGGUUUAGUUUAGUUUAGUGUAGUUUAUUGAUUAAAAUAUUAUUAUGUGGUGCAACACACUUUCCGAGCUUCUUAGGGGGUAAAUAAUGUUGGAAUGUAAUAAUAAUAAAAUGCUAUUUACAUAUAGUAAAUAUAUUGGUGAUUUUCUUUUGGGGCACACACCUGUAGGCAAUCAGCUUUGCUAGGCUGUAAUUGGCUGCAGGACGCCACAUAAGCCACUUGUCUUGGGCAUAUGACUGUGGAGCGAGUAGUGUUAAGUGCGGCUACUGGGGGGCUCUGACAUACACAAGAACAUGGCUUGUGGGAUUCAUUUGGGGUUCUUGCUGAUUUGUUUAGUUCAAGCAGAGCAUGUACGCUGUUUGUGGACCCCUCAAAAAGCUGAGAGACAAAGAGACAACGCAUAUGUUGGCUACUUGCAACAACGCCUAACACCAAGACUUGGUGGCAGCAAUCCCCAGAAUGAAUUCAGACAAGCUUUGAGUGGUCCAGCCUCAGCCCAAAGCAGCAACCGCAACAAAGGACUGGCCAUGAAUGUCUAUGAAAAACUAGCCCAAGAGUCUGCCCAAAAUGGAUACGGUUCAGUCAAGGUGGUGCGUGUCCGCCCUGUGUCCAGACAAAGUGCUCCCCUGGUGCCCAAAAAGUCCCCAGAGCUGGACCCCUCUGCUUCCAUUGCAAGCGCUGGCACUUUAAAGCAGCACGAGAGCCAACAGGCCAACAAGAAGAGUUGGGCCCCUCAGCAGGGUACACGCCGCAUGAGCCUUCUGCCCAAAAAAUACGUUACAGCUCAAAGUCCUGCGGCAAAGCCGCAGCAAGAAAAGCGCUACCAGCCUGUGGCUCGCAAGCAGCAAAGCAGCCUCUUUGUGUCAGGUUACGGCUCACGAGAGUACGUUUCUAACAUGCAGACGUCAGCCACAGGUGUUGCAUCCACCUCUAAUUCCGCAGGAAGCUCUCAGCAGGGCAAAGUAUUCCCAAGCUAUAGCCAGUCUUCCCACAAGCACUACGUCCCACUCGGCUACAGACGGAACUCCCAGCAGUCCGCGCCCACCGAUGUGCUCCGCAUCCCUCAGCGCUUUGGUGGGCACCCAAUCAAGCGGCUGAAAACUCCUGAGACCCAGGUGUUGAAUGAGAAGACCCAAAAAGCUUCCCUGCAGAAGAAACUCUCUUACAGACUGCCUGCCCGCAAGGGUCAAAUCAUGUCAGAGAUGGAGUGACAAGUGUGG